AUGGAUUCCCAGUCGCUGUACUUUUCCCUGGAACUCGUCGCCGGAAGCGGGGACACUCUGAACGUCGAGCAGAGAGCCGCACUGCAGACUUCCCUGGUGAUUCUGCAGAAAAACUACAAGUUCCAGCGAGUCCUGCUCUGGGGCAAAGUGCUGGGGUUGAAGGCGGAUUACUUUAUUGCACAGGGGAGAGGAGAGGAUGAGAUGAAGGAUAGGAAGAAUCUGUAUAGCUUGAACUGUGUGGACUGGUUCCUGCUGCCCCCUGCCACAGGCCCUUUAAUCGACCAAGUGUCCAGCGCUGCCAAGGGUCGCUUCACAGGAGACCCCUCACAUGUGUACGAGAAUCGGGAAAUGCGCAGGCGAGGAGAAGGAGAUGAAGAAGAGGAGGUCGUGACCAAAGUGAAUGAGGAGAUCAGGCUGGCAGUGACAGUUCAUCACAUCAGAGAGGAAGUGUCUGUGGUACCACGAGGUGCAUUCGUCAAGAAUCCACACGGCCUCGUCCAGAUCAACCGCAGCUUUGGCGGUCUGUCUCACUCUGAAGCAGGAAAGCUCGACAGUUUCCUGCACUUCAGCGAACCAAAGAAGCUGAAGAAGAAGAGCAUCCUAGAGACGAGUCAACUCAACCCAGCUAUUGACUUCCUGAAUGUGCUGAGUGAUGACAUUCCUAAAGGAUCAUGGAGUCUCCAGUUUGAAUGUGGCAGCAAAGUGUGCGUGCUUCGCAGCCUGUUGUGGCUCGGCCUGACCUUCUACCACGUGCCAAUGACGCCACAGCACGGAUACAUCUACAUCGGUGAUGGGGCCAAGAAUUUGGACCUCGCCUUCAUGCUGUAAAGAGACACUUACAGACGUAGUUCAUGCUGCAGUUUUUACAUAUAUCUC